CUACUGUUUCUUAAGCUGCUCCAUAUUCUCUCUCUCUCUCUCUCUCUCUCUCUCUAGCUCUCUCUGUCUCUCUCUCUCUAUUAACCAAUUAACCAAAAAAAAAAAAAAAAAAAGGGAAAGGAAAAAAGCUCUGAUUCUGACUUUGAAGCUACAAGAAGAAAAUAAGAUUCUACUCCGGAGUGGAGAAGAUAAAAGGAUGGAGAGCUAUAUGUGAUGUACAUGUUGUGAGAGAUGAGUAGAAGGUUGGAUUUGAAACAAUGAUUCUUUGAAACAAGUCUGAGAUGUGGACGUGGGUUCCCGUGUUGGGUAUUGGGUUUGUAGUUGGGGCACUGGCGAUUCUGGCCAUAGAAACCCUAGCACUGUUCCUCAUUUUUAACCGAUUGACUCGCAAAACCAAGCAACCAGCAUACCACCCCAACUCAUCGCCUCCACAUCUCGACCCACAUCAAUCCCUUGAUUUCGCUCCCAUCAAGCAGGGGGUAAUUUGGAUUCUAGAAUCAGAGAAAGUUCCAAAAAAUUGGCAGGAAAAAGCAUUGAGAGAGCAAAAGAAGAAAAAAGAAUUCUUUGAGGUGUCUCCUGUUAGAAAACGUGCAAAAAUCAAGGACAAGUCUCUUAUUUUGACAGAAACAGAUGGUUCCCGCACAAUUAUCAAUUUGAAAGGCUGCAGUAUUGAAGCUGUUUCAGCAACUAGCCUGUCUUCAAGAAAAUGGGCCAAGAGGUUUCCCAUAAAAUUGGAAAACAAGGUUGCUGAUAUUUACAAGAGAAGUAAAACUAUUUACAUUUAUCUUGAAACUUCCUGGGAGAAGGAGUCAUGGUGUAAAGCUCUUCGUUUGGCUGCAUCUGAUGAAAAAAAUAAACUUGAUUGGUUUGCCAAUUUACAUGAAGAGUUCCGCAGGUACCUCACAUCCUUAAAUGCGGGAUAUCCAUAUUUUAUGAAGCCCUCAGUAGGGUUCUGUGCUUCUGAGCCAGUAGAUCGGACCCAUAAAAACGAUGGUGCAUCCUCAAAGGUACGCCUAUUGUGGAAAAAAUUACAAAAGAAGUCUUCUAAGGCUGGUGUAGAAAAUAAGUUGACUUGGACUUCAUCUUCAGUCCGUGAUGAGAAAAAAAUCAAUGAGAAGUUUCAUCCAGGCCAGGAUUCAGUUCAGGCCACCAGCUUGGAAGACAAUUCUGUUGCACUUUCUUCAUCAACAUCAACUCAUUCAAGUAGCCAAAGUCAUGUAUCUGUCACUUCAGAUGGAGACUAUGAUGAAAGGUUUGGUAUAGACGAGGGAACACUAUGUUGGAAUUUGUUAAUUUCACGGCUCUUUUUUGAUGCAAAAAUCAAUUCUGAGCUGAAAAGAUCCAUCCGAGAACGGGUUCAGAGAACAUUGUCGAAUAUGCGGAUACCCAGUUAUGUGGGUGAAGUCGUCUGUACUGACAUUGAUCCUGGGAAUCUCCCACCUUAUAUCCAUAGUAUGAGGGUUCUUCCAGUGGACAUGAAUGAGGUAUGGGCCUUAGAAGUUGACAUAGAAUAUUCUGGUGGCGCAGUAUUAGGAAUUGAAACAAGACUUGAAGUACGGGAACUAGAUCCUGAUAAAAGCAUGGCUGAAUCAAAUCAUGAACCAAGCUCUGUUAGGGAUGUCUCAUCAGACCUGCUUGAAGGUUUUGAGCAUUUUAGCAAGCAGUUAAAAAUUGAUGAAGAAACAAUUGAUGCACUAGAACAGAAGGGGGAAGGUGAUCCAAAACCUGAUGGGAUAAAACAUGCGAAAAGCUCCAUCGGGGCAUCAACUUAUGGAUCUCGGUGGAAGUCUAUUGUCAAUUCUAUUGCCAAACAGGUUUCUCAGGUCCCUCUCUCUUUAGCGAUAAGGGUAACAUCCCUUAGAGGAACACUAAGGUUGCAUAUAAAGCCACCACCUUCAGAUCAGUUAUGGUUUGCAUUUACAUCAAUGCCUGACAUAGGUUUUAACCUGGACUCUGCUGUUGGGGAACAUAAGAUUACUAGUGGACACAUUGCUCUGUUCCUGAUCAGUAGGCUUAAGGCAGCAAUUAAUGAAACUCUAGUGCUUCCCAAUUGUGAAAGUGUAUGUGUUCCAUGGAUGUUAGCAGAAAAGGACGACUGGGUCCCACGGAAUGUUGCUCCUUUCAUGUGGCUUAACCAAGAAUCUGUGAAUGAUCCUAUUGUUCUCCGCGAAGUACCCAGCUAUCAACCUUGCGAAGAAAAAACCAAUACAGAAUCUAAUAGGGAAGCCUUAACUGACGAUUCACAGAGCAAGCAUAAGAGACUGAAGAAUAUUCAAUCCGGUCAAUCAGUUAAUGAAUCUUCAGAUGCAGCAUCGAGUUCGACCAAUCCAUUAGCAGUGAGAAAAAGUACUUUAGAAGAACUGGGAACCCCAUUAUUGGGGAAUGAUGGGCCAAAUGAAACUGAAAAGCAGGAGAUUGCAGACGGUCAAUCAUCAUAUAGGUCUUUGAGUAUGUUUGAUAAACAGAAUGAUACUUUUGAAGAGCCAAAAAGAGUAGGGAGGAGAGCAAGGAUGCUCGAUCUUGGGAAGAAGAUGGGGGAGAAGUUGGAAGAAAAGAGGCGUCAUAUUGAAGAAAAGAGUCGACACAUUGUUGAGAAAAUGCGAGGACCAUGAGAUAGCCAGAGAACAUAAUAGUUUGUAGCUAACUAUGACAUUAUGGAACUGGCAUUAUGGGUUCUGAUGGCUCAAAAUCUGGUAGUGCAGGAGGUUCACGGUGCAAGGUGAAGUGAGACAAAAAAAUGUUAUAAACAUAAAGAAUUGCAUGAAAUUACUAUUACAUUGCAAAAGAAUAGGACUUGGAUGUAAAAGUUUAGUACAUGAUCGUAGACUCGGUAAUAUUCAUCUAUAGAAAUUGAUUUUUCAACUUUCGGUUGAGAAGAUUCGUUGUUUGCAUUUUUUGUAAUUUUUCCCUCUUGAAUAAUAACAUAUAUCCCAUCUAAAGUUGUUAUUUA